AGAGAGCUGCUAGCAGAGGCACGGGCGACUUGAAAUUUGCACCCCUCAGCAUCCAGCUUUUGCACCUGUUUCCUUUUGAUAAUGGUGGCCUCCCUGAAGUCCUGGCCUCUCAUGAUCGCUGUGACUCUGUGCAUCUUGUUCUGCCUGGGAACCUUGGUAGACGCCUACCCUCAACAGCCAGAGCACCCUGGAGAAGAUGCCUCCCCUGAAGAAAUGGCCAGAUACUUGUCAGCUCUCCGACACUACCUUAACCUGGUGACAAGGCCAAGGUUUGGCAAGAGGUCCAGCCCAGAGACCUUGAUGUCGGAGCUUAUUUUUGGAGACAGCAGCAGCAGCAACAGUGAAGCUAGCCGCGAUGACCGGCCAAGGUUCGAAGACUCCAACAUGUGGUAACGAUCUCGAUGCUCCUCAGCCGGCGGUCCAUCUGCUUCUUCUUUUUAAACAGGCAAAUCGUUGUGUUCAUUUUGCAUUUCUCAAAACCAAUUAAGCUGUGAUGAUUUAAAGAGAGCCCGUCCAUUCCCCAGCUUAGCUUUCUCCAUCCAAUACUGAAGAGGCUUGGGAAAGAAACUCUCACUGCAUCCCCCCUCCGAAAGACAACAAGAGUGCAAUGAGCCAGGCCUCUUUCUUCCUACAAGCCAACAGGGGGUGCCAGAAGAGUGCUUGUAAGACCCACCAGUACAAGGCCUCAUUAGGUCUACUCUGGGUUGUCCUGUACAUCAUGUGUGGGGGUGUGAAUAGGAGUAUGUGUGUGUAAAUGUAUGUAUUUUUAAUUAUUUCGGUUUGUCUCAAGAAUAAAAAGCAAGUUU